UCAUCCCGCUUCUCUCCUCCACAUCAGUACACCUCGUGGGACCUGCCACCACCGCAUGUCCGCAUGCUCCUGUCUUCUACCACGGACGAGAGGGCGGUGUGCUCAGGAAUAAGUUGUCGUUGAUUGACCUCGCCCGUCACGCGGGCUGUGUUGGAGGACGGCAGCGCUCCGGCUGCCUGAGCCAGACGGGUGCCAGCCAGGGUUGGCGCUGCCACUGCAGAUCCGAAAGAGGGCCAACCGACCCGCGGCGGCGCUCCUCCGACAGUAGUGGAAGAAAAGUGAAGGAUCCCAGUAACAAUGGACAUACCCAUUCCGUAUAAGGACUUAGAAGUUGCUACAAAUGGAUUCUCAGAAAGGCUUGGAUUUGGCGGCUUUGCAGAGGUUUUCAAGGGUACAUACAAUGGGAAAGACAUUGCUGUGAAGAUGUUUUAUCCUACGCUAGAUGUUGAUGACAAAGUGUUUCUGAAUGAAAUUGUUAACCUGCAAGGGGUCCGGCAUCGAAAUAUUAUACGAUCAGUUGGCUAUUGCUAUGUGACCGAAAGUAAAGUUGUUAAACAUUAUGGAAAAACUAUUAUAUCUGGGAACAAAUAUAAAAUUCUCUGCUUUGAAUAUUUGCAGAAUGGAAGCCUUGAGGAGUAUAUUUCUAAAAAAUCUUUAGAACACAAUUGGUGCAUGCAUUACCAACUAAUAAAGGGCAUUUGUGAGGGCCUACUACACCUUCAUGAAGGACGUGAAGUACCCAUUUAUCAUCUAGAUCUAAAACCGUCAAACAUAUUACUCGAUCAGAACAUGGUCCCAAAGCUAGCAGAUUUUGGAUUAGCGAGGCCAUCAUUAUACGGAUCACAGAUACUAGUCACAAAAAAUGUUAUUGGAACACGGAAAUAUAUGCCACCAGAAUUCAUGAGUAACAACGAGAUCACAUGCAAGAAUGACGUUUUCAGUUUAGGUAUCGUAAUUAUAGAGGUAAUGGCAGGACCUAGUGGUUACAAAGAAUUCGAGGGAAUGUCUUCUGCGCAAGAAUACAAACGUUUUGUUCAGAAAGUAUGUAAUAUCUGGAGGGAAAGGUUAAAGUCGACAAUGGGAGGUGCAUUACUAGAUGUAUAUUUCCGUCAAGUGAAGAAAUGCAUUGAAAUAGCAGUACAGUGUGUUGAUUUUGAUAAAGAUAAGAGGCCAAAAGUACGUGUUAUUACUGAAGAACUCAGAUCGUUGGCGGCCAAGGAACAGGCAAUUGCUUCUAUCUUAAAGGAGCCUCUUCACGUAGCUCACCAUGUGCAAUACAAUGAUCAAAUACCACCAUACCCGACGCCACCUCCUCCAAAUGUGCAUCCUAUUGACGGCCAGGUCUGUCAAAAAGUCGAAAAGAAUUUUGCAAAGCUGCAGCUGUGUGCGGCCAUGGAAUCGGAAACCGUAACGCCGACGAGCCCUGGCUCCUUUAUCACAGAGUUGAUAGAUAUCUACCCCUCACUCCUCUGCUUCCCAUUCGAGCUGAACAAGUGCAGCAAGAGCAGAUUAAGCAUAUGCAACAAAACAGAUAAUGAUGUUCAAUUCUUUGUUGAUCCUAAAAAUUACCCCGAGUGGUACAUCCAUGAAAAACGGUUGUGUGGCUUUGUGCACUCACAUUUCACUUGUGCUUUCCAUGUGGUAAUGAGAGAGCGAAAGAAAAAGCCACCGCGGGAUAAUGAUGAGUUCGAAAUAUAUGUGAAACCCAUCAGGCACCGGCAUCAUCUUGACAUCCAGCACAAAAAACAUCUUGAGAUGUAUGAUGAUGAGUCGGACAAGACCAAUAAUAAUCUGGCUGCGGAUGAAGCCAGGGAUAAAUAUGUGACUUUGAAGGGUGUCGUCUUGUUUAGGGAUCCCGACCCUGCAGCGAGGCAUUGGGGUGAGGUGAAGUUAGAUGAUGAGUACUUUGGUUACCUAACAUCAAUGGAUGUUCAUCCGACGGAGGAAUGGGUUCUCAUGGGUUAUGAAGGAGGGUAUAUUUGCAUUUGGAGGAACCUUAGCCGGAAGGUAGUGGCGGGCUCCAAGGAGGCCCACCCUGAGGGAGCACACGAUUAUAGAUUCAUCGUAGAGGAAUGUCAUCAGAAAGGGUGUGGACCUUGUCGCUCGGUUAAGUUUAUUGCCUCUAUGCAAUGGGUUGUAUCAGGUCAUAGUAACGGGGUGAUCCUUGUGCACACAUAUAAUGAUGGCGAACCGAAACAAGUCGAGAGAGUCGAAGCGCACGAGGGUGCAGUUACAUCUUUGGCGGUCCACCCAAGUCAGCCACUUGUACUGUCGUCAUCUGACGAUGGCACAAUCAGACUAUGGAACUGGAGUGAGGACUGGUCAUGUACUCGCGAAUUCAGAAGGCAGAAGGGCACUGUGCUUCAGGUGGCCUUCAACCCCAGGGACGCCAGCACUUUUGCCACUGUCACCACUUUACCUAGGACUGUGAAGACCUGGAGCAUCGAUUCUGACGAUCCUGUCAAGAUCUGGAAAAUGAAAGUAGAGUCUAUUGCGUAUUUCACAAGUAACAAUAUUGGGUGUUACAUGGCUAUUAGCAUGCAGGAAGGACGAACAAAGAUCUUGGAUAUGGAGUCAAUGACGUAUGUUCACACGCUUCAAAUCUUGGAUGUGAGGUCAGAGACAUCAUCACUGCUGGUGCCUCCGAGGGACACUGCCAUCACGGCUGUUGCUUGCCACCCCAAGUAUCCCAUAAUAAUUACAGGCACAAGUGAGGGGAAUGUUUUCAUUUGGAACUACAGCACGUACAGGCUUAAGGAGUCACUUUGGUUUGGAGAAGAUAAGGUUGAAGGUUUUGGAUUCAUGGAGAUAGAAGGGAGCUUUACAAGGCUCCUGAUCAGAUACGCCGACAGGAUAGAAAUGGUGGAUGUUGAGUGGUCGAGAUAAUGUUGGAGGAUCCUGAUCAACAAUGAAAACAGCUUAAGAUUUAUGGCCCUUCUUGCAUGGAGGAACUACAAACAUGGAACGGACAAGAUGUGUCAUAUGACAUUUGGAACUGACUUGCUACAUUAGAAGAAUCUAGCUUAGUUUCACAAUUUUCUAGCUCCAAAAAGAAUCAUUUUUGCACUUUUGAAAACUCACCAUAGGCUUUAAUUUGUUUUGUUGCAUUUAUACUGGUGCAUAUUAUAUUUUUGUAUGAUUGUUCUUGAGUUUCUAAAACUCCCAAAAAAUUUCUAGAAUUUUCUGAGCUUU